AUGGCCACUUUCACGGAUACCAUGAAAAUGUACUCGUUGCCCAUUAUGGCGAAACACCCUCAUAACGAGGAUGACGACGGCAUUUUAUCGAGGGUUAGUGAAGGCGUGGUCCCAGGCAGCGGGUACGAGAUCCUGGACGGGGAGAAAGGCCUAGGCAGUGGCGAUAUGCGAGACAGCAAGACCAAUAUCAGACGAGCCGCCACGGAUCUGCCACGUGCCAAGGCGCCGUACACCCGGCGAUCCGCAUACCUGACGGCCCGGCAACGUGAGGCAUUGGCAUCGAGAUUUUACAACGAGCUGAAGCGGAACACGGUCGUGGGCGAUGACUACAAGGUGCACAUUCAAUCGGACAAGUUCUCUCGGGAACUCCAGGAGGAUUUUCUGCACAUGUUCGCGCAGCCGCAGGACCAGGCGGGGCAUGAGGGCGAGGUGAUAGCGCCGCGUGCGGCGGAGAGCGUGGGGAAGCUGAACAUAUGCAUGCUGAUCGUGGGCACGCGCGGGGACGUACAGCCGUUCAUUGCCAUUGCGCCUUUCCCUCCCUGCCAUCCGCGCUCAGUCCCCCCAGUGCCUUCCCCCCCUGCCAUCCGCGCUCAGUCCCCCCAGUGCCUCCCCCCCGUGCCAUCCGCGCUCAGUCCCCCCAGUGCCUUCCCCCCAUGCCAUCCGCGCUCAGUCCCCCCAGUGCCUUCCCCCCAUGCCAUCCACGCUCAGUCCCCCCAGUGCCUUCCCCCCGUGCCAUCCGCGCUCAGUCCCCCCAGUGCCUUCCCCCCAUGCCAUCCACGCUCAGUCCCCCCAGUGCCUUCCCCCCGUGCCAUCAACGCUCAGUCCCCCCAGUGCCUUCCCCCCGUGCCAUCCACGCUCAGUCCCCCCAGUGCCUUCCCCCCGUGCCAUCCGCGCUCAGUCCCCCCAGUGCCUUCCCCCCGUGCCAUCCGCGCUCAGUCCCCCCAGUGCCUUCCCCCCGUGCCAUCCGCGCUCUCCCCCCCGUGGCAGAGCUACGGGCACCGCGUGCGGCUGGCGUCGCACAGCAACUACGGCGAGUUGGUCAUGGCAGGCGGGCUCGAGUUGGUCAUGGCAGGCGGGCUCGAGUUGGUCAUGGCAGGCGGGCUCGAGUUGGUCAUGGCAGGCGGGCUCGAGUUGGUCAUGGCAGGCGGGCUCGAGUUGGUCAUGGCAGGCGGGCUCGAGUUGGUCAUGGCAGGCGGGCUCGAUCGAGUUGGUCAUGGCAGGCGGGCUCGAGUUGGCAUGCAGGCAGACAUGGUGAAGAACAAGGGCUUCCUGCCAUCGAGCAGCGCGGAGGUAGUACAGCAGUGGCAGCAGCUCGAGUCCAUCAUCUUCUCCACCUGGCCCGCCUGCACCCACCCCGACCUCGCCAGCAACGGCGCCCCCUUCCGUGCCGAUGCCAUCAUCGCCAACCCCCCCGUGUACGGUCACACCACAGUGGCGGAGGCCCUGCAAGUGCCCCUCCACAUGUUCUUCACAUGGCGUGGAGGUACGCUCUGGCGUGGAGGUACGCUCUGCCGUGGAGGUACGCUCUGCCGUGGAGGUACGCUCUGCCGUGGAGAGUACCCGCAUCCCCUGGCUGGCGAGAAGCCCGCCUACACAGGCUAUGAGAACCAGGUGCGCUGCCGGGCUUUAAGAACCAGGUGCGCUGCCGAGCUUUAA